AUGGCCGAGCUGAGACACCAAUCGUCGCUCGAGGGUCUUAUUAACCUUUCCUCUGAGCAACCGCUCUCUGAUUGUGAACGGCAGCGGGCAGCGUACAGACUCCAGUCGAUUGUAAACCACUUCAGACAGGAGGAGCUUGCUGAGGAACCUGCUGAAGAGGAAGACUCACCUCAAUACAGUCGCUCGCUGCUCGUUCACUAUAGGCUCUCCCGGGAUGCCUUCCUCCGAGCGUUCUUUGAUUCUAUAGAUGUCGGCAUCGCCACGGGUCAUCUCCCGCUUGCCUCUCAGCAGUACAGAGACCCCAGGCUCACCAGGAGCCCAUCCCAACGCCCGAGAGGAUUUUAACACUCCGUCGCUCGUGUCUCAUCCGUGACCAACACCAAAGUGUUAUUUCCUGUACAUUUGAUGUACAGGAAGUCAUGAAUCAACUGCCCAGACAUGAAAAUAGCACUAAAAAUGACGCACAUAGUAUCAUCA